CCUGUAUGUAUACCUAACCUUUGGUAUUAUACAUUUAAAAUGGUACUCACAUUUUUUAAAUAUUCUGACUGAAUUCUGACAUUAGAAUUUAGAACACUGAAUAUUGUGUUAAAAAAAUAAAUAAAUUGUGUUUUUAUUUAUGUUAAAAAAAAUUUCAAUGUUUCACGUUUAUGUGAAAUAUUUCAUACAUCAAACUUGGGAUGGCGGUAUUUAAAAUUCUGAUACCGGUAUCCGGUAUUUGUUUACUAAUGGUAUCUACGUUAUUAUACUAUUAUACAUAUUACACUAUCUCUACUGUUUUUAAUAUUAUAUUAUAUAUAUUUAUUAUUUUUUAAAAAACAGAUACUUAGCAACCGGAGAUUCAAUGAAAACUAUUUCGUUCAGCUAUCGUUUAUGCCUAGUUUACACGCUGCGUAGUACUUGUCAUUAGUACUUGUCACUCGAACUAUUACUUGUCACUGGCACUAAUCAUCUAUCGGUCACACGCAUUCACUGAUUUGUGCAUAGUAUUAGUUAAUAGUAAGUGAUAACAUAAAGAUAACAUAAAGAUGUUUAUUAUUGUAGUGACUACUGAAUAUUAAAUACGUAAUUAAUAUAUUAAUAUAUUAAAUACGUAAUUAAUAUAGUCACCAGACACCAAGUACUGAAUGAAAUGGACCGUCGAAGUGUUAUAAAACAAAGUUUUAAAUAUUAUUCAAACAUAAUAUCAGCUUUAAUAGAUGAACUGGAAACCGAAAUAAGUAAAAAACAAAAACGAAUAUGGACGAGGAAAUGGCUCCUUCGAAGAGAUACACAUGGUAGUUCGGUUGGAUUAAUAAGAGAACUUGCAAUUGAAGAUAAAUCAGAGUAUAAAAGUUUUAUGAGGAUGACACCAGAUCAGUUCGAAUUUUUGUUUCAAAAAAUAUCUGCUAAAAUUCAACGUGAAGAUACGAUUAUGAGACCUGCGAUACCUGCAAAAAUAAAAUUGGAGCUUACCUUAUCAUUUUUAGCUACCGGUAAUAGUUAUCGUAGUUUAUCUCACCUUUUUCGGGUUUCAAAAGCAGCAAUUAGUAUUUUCAUUCCUGAAGUUAUGGACGCUGUGUUUGAGGCUUUAAAGGAUUACAUAAAAGUAAGUUGAUAGU